CUGUAAGUAAAACAUAAAAACAAGUACACUUUGUAUAAGGUCUUUAAACAUGAUGUAAACACUGCCGAUGUGUGACAAAAGAUACAGUUGUGAAGUGAAUAUAAUUUAAAAGACGUUUACUUUAAAGAUUUUCUUAUUUUUCGUAAUAAAUUUUUGUGAAAAUAUUAUCAAUAUACGACCUCGGUUAAAAGGCUGAAAAUCACGGGGAAUUUAGAUAAGUAAUAAUGGAAGAAAUGGAAGUUAAUACUGCAAAUUCUGCAGAUAAUUCACCAAUGACAUCUCCUCAAAGUGACGAUUCUAUCAGGAGUGAGGAGGACCUUGCUAAGUUAGAUGGUGUUGAUGUAGAAAAAUUAAAAUCAGAAUAUAACCCGGAAUAUAAUUUAAGGAAGAAAACAAUUGUAAAUAGAAUUAAAACGGAGAAAAAGAAGCAAUUACCGAAGGUGCCGAAACCCAAGACAUCACCUGCUCCUUUAAGUAAAUAUCGGCGAAGAGCUGCAAAUGCGCGUGAACGAGGUCGAAUGGAAGAUAUAAAUGUUGCGUUUGAAACUCUUAAAGGUGUUCUGCCAAAUAUCGAGGAGGGACCUAAUUUUAAAAUGACGAAAAUUACAACAUUGAGAUUAGCUAUGAACUACAUAUCUGCACUCAGGGAUAUGCUUGGACAUAGUUCGGACCUGCAGUCGGACGGAGAUUCAGCGGGUACAUCAAGUGUUUCAUCUGGCGAGGACGCAUGUUUGAGUCCAGACUCUGUUGAUGGAAAUUUUUUGACAAUGGAUUUCCUGUCAGAUGUGAAACUUGAUGAUUUUACGACAGUUGAUACCGAAAACAUUUUAUUAGACUGUACAUAAUUCUGACAGGUGAUUCACAUAUACAUAGUUCUCAAAUUGUGCGAAUUAAACUUCUUUUUUUCAACAGAGGAAUAUCAGAUAUAUUUCCGUUCAGGGUUGAAUUUAAACGCUGUGCUAGAGCUGGAGUUGACAUAUAAGAGAUUGAAUUUAGGUUGAAACAGGGUGAUUCUUGUUAUUUUGUAUGGUGAGAAUUCGAAAAAAACCUAUUGUUAUGGUAAAGUAAAAUCUAUAGUGUUCGCUGCACAGUAAGUUAUUGUUGUUUUUAGUAAUAGUUACGCUGUGGACCGAGAUGUGUUGAUUGAAUGAAUUAAUUGAAACGUUUAAAAAUGCCUCGGGCAAAGCUUCAGCGGUUUUCUCAAAUAAAAGACUGAAAUAAAAAUAACAUUUACUAUUGAUUGUAUAUAUGUGCCUGAGAUAAUUGAAUUAGACCAUCUUUUAUGUAAAGACUUUGUGUGAUAGAAAAGGGCAGCCUACUGACUGAUUUAAAAUAGAGCGUUUCAAGCUAUUUAAAUCGAAAGGAAGGACAAGUAUAUAAACUAUCGUUUUUCUUUUCCUUUCGACAAGUGAAUGGCCUGGUUGAAUUCAAUAGAUGAUUUAAUACAAGUAUUUAAGCGGAUUUAAAAGAUAUCAUUUUAAGUAGGGGAUGGUAUCAUAGUACUGUUGAAAUAUAUCUUAUUUAUUCUGAAAUAAGCUGUCUCAGCAAGUAAUGUAUGUCAUUCAAAUACGGUGAGAUUAAAAUACAUUUUCAAUAAACUAUAAUUAGUUGGCUUUUACAUUUCAGAAGAGUGGCAGGUUGUUUCGUUACGUUUACUGUAGUAUAUAGAUAGUUGAUGUGUAAUUUUUAAUAAAUGAUUUCAGUUUGAAUAUAGUAAUUUGAUAUUCUGCUAUGUAUAAUAAGUACGAAACUAUGAUGCAAUAAUUCUUUUCUUUAAAUGAAUCUUUAACUGAACAGACUUGGUUUAAUUCAUAAAGUAAUUGUUGUUAAUUCAACCGUGAACAUAUAUAUUUUGUUUCAUCUUUAUAGGCAGAUUUGCAUUGUAUUUAACUUAGUUAAUAAGCAUUUUUUUAUUACAUGUGACUUUUUUCAAUUUACUAAUUAAUAAUGGAAUACCAUCUUGUUUCAUGCAUACUGUGACUAAAGUUGCUGGGCCGCAGCAAAUAUGUCAUUAAAAUUGUGUAGAUAAUAAGCUUGUAUAUGACAGAAAUGAUUGAUGAGGGAAUAAUAUUUUAGAAGAAUAAAGAUAUAAAGAAUAAAGAUGAAUCGAUAAAUUAAUUUUUAAAAGCAAAGUUGCACUGAAAAUAAUCUUUACGAAUGCUGUUAAAAAGUCAUCGUAUAAGAAAGGAAAGUGGUCGGCUAUAAUUCAUAGCCAACAGAGCUUGUAAAUUAUAUGUUAAAAAAAGAAAGAUAAUAAGUGAAAAAACAAUAUUUGGAGUAUUCAUUUUUUUUCUCUCUCUUUCACAUAAGUUGUAAAUCAAUAUUGCAGAAGUUGUAAAAAAAAAGUCACUGGGACACUUACCACUUGAUUUUUUUGGACAUAUGGUUGAAUUUGGGGAAAGUUAGUUAAAGAGCCACGUUUAUGAUGAUGACUAGUGUGGUAACAAGUCUGGUAACUUAAAGGCGGCUACAGACCAUUGAUGCUUAAAGGGUUCACUAAACACAAAACACGUAAUUAAAAAAUACCAAUUAUUCUUUAUCAUCAGUAAAAUUUGAAACUGAAAAUACAACUAAUUAUUGUGGUGAUGGUGUAUUCAAAAUGUACAAUGUCGAUGAGUAACAUAGCUUUAAGGGGCUUUAUUACUCUGAAACUUUAUCUUUCGUUUUCCAUCUGCAAAUUAAAAUUCUUUUCAUAACACCUAAAUGCUUUUGCAAAUUACGAUUUACCCCCAUAGGCUUAAGUUAUGAAAAACAGUGCUUGCGAGAUACUUUUCGAAAUCAGUCAAGCAAACUUUCUUCUUUUAUCUGCCGCAUAUUUUAUGUCCAUCUCCUAAUAUUUAAAAAAAGAGCAAUGAUUGAGGGGUUGGAAAGUAAAAUCUCAAAUAAAAAAAAUGGAAAAGCAUAUUAAUAAACGGACAAGAAGAAUGUUUUUGGUAAUACACAUUUUGUAUGAAGUUAUCUUAUUCUUGAAAAAAAUCACCAACAACAAAACAAAUCUACAUUAUUCUUAGACUUUCUUUCAAUACCGGUAAGUUUGGUAAAUACCUAUGUCGACAUAUUACUUCUUCAAGUGAAAGUCCAUGUUACUUAGUAUGCAUUAUACUUUAAAAUACAUCAUGUUACUUUGUUUGAACCUCUGCCAUUAAUAAACGCUGUUAAAUUUUACAUUUUUCUAAACUGAGUGGUGUUUAGUUUAAAGGUGUUGCAUAAUUUCUAUUUUUAUUAUUAUUGAUUUUUUUUGAAGAUCAUAAAUAAACAACUCGGGUAGAUCAUACAUUUACAUUUAAUCAAUUGAUUUGUCAUGACCAUGAUCAUGUUUUUAUUUAAUGUAUGCUCAACAAUUGGGUUUUGAUGCCAGUAGACUCAUUGUAAAUAUUCAUUUCUUUUUCCACCAAAUUAUUACGUCAUCAUCACGUCACCAUCACAUCAUCAUAACGUAAUCAUUACACUUUUUGUCUCAAAGACUGUAUAUAGAUAUAUUGAUAAUGUUUAUGUACAUAUUCAUAAGAUUCAGCGCAAGGAUCGAAGAUUUUCCAAAUUCAGACAUUAAUCGCAACAUUUCAAUAUCACCUCUGUUUAAGAAUAUCAUCAACUCAUGAAUAUUCAUGUUUAAGGGUAUUGAUUCAUUUACAUAUCGUUUAACCUUAAUUUGAAUUGAU